AUGGGAAUCUGGGUGGUGCUUGCUAUAAUCCUAUACGUUGCCUCCAGUUCAUUUUCACAGACAGCAAAGCUGGGGAAAGUCCCUGGUCCAUGGCUGUAUGCAGCAACACGAUUCAGGCUGGCUUUCGAUGCCUGGCAGGCACAAUCUAUUCACACGGUGAACAAGCUCCACCGAAAGUACGGUCCUGUGGUACGGAUCGGACCAAAUGAAAUCUCAUUCAAUAGUCUGUCUGCGCUUCGAACGAUAUAUGGCGCUGGAAGUGGCUUUGAGCGGACUUCUUUCUACCAUAUGUUUGACGUUUAUGGCCGACCAAACCUCUUCACUUUCGCCUCUGGGAAGCUCCAUCGCGAGCGGAAGAAGUUGAUUAGCCAUAUGUAUGCUAACCAGAAUGUUCUCGGCAUGGACGCCGCCCAGCUGGUCAAGAGAAAAGUGAUGGGGUUUCUGACACUUCUGGAACGUGAACCUGCUCUCGGGAAGGAGAUCUUUACAAGCUUACAUUAUUUCUCCUUUGAUGCGAUAUCCGAGUUCGUGUAUGGCCCGAAUUACGGAGGAACGGCGGCGCUGUCAGGAUCCCAGCAGUCCCGGGAACUCAUCCAAGACAUCCUCAACCCAGCUCGUAGGAGAUUGGCAUGGUUCGCCAUUUACUUUCCUACCUACACAAGGUGGAUCACGACCCGCACAGGUCUCCUGGAGAGAGUGCUGACUUCCAUGGGCCUGAUGCCUAUGCGGAAGCCUUUCACCUACUCUGGAAUUCGUCAGCAUGCAUUGAAGGCAUUCUACAGUUUCAAAAAUGCCCCGGCUGCUGUGCAAGCCAAAGCCAGCGAAGCCACGGUCAUUGGCCGCCUCUUCAAAAUGCGCGAAGAAGCCGGUCUGUCUGACCUCGACAUUGCAUCCGAAUGCGCCGACCACUUGCUGGCCGGCAUUGACACGACUUCAGAUUCCCUCAUGUUCAUGAUCUGGGCCCUUUCGUUACCUCAACAUAAGAAAUACCAGGACAAACUCAGGGAGGAGCUGUCGCACAUCUCCGUGGACAGCCAGGGGCUUCCAGAGCCGAAGGAUCUGACCCAGCUUCCCUACCUGAACGCGGUCGUGCGAGAGUCUCUGCGCCUCUACGCACCUUUGCCUGCGUUUGAACCGCGAUCUUCGCCAGUCGACACGGUAAUCGACGGCUACGAGAUCCCUGCAGGCACAAUCGUGGGCAUGUCACCGUACUGUCUGCAUAGAGAUGAAGGCGUCUACCCAUCUCCAUUGGCCUUCAGACCGGAAAGAUGGCUCACAGAUUCCGGCACUCUGAUCCCUGAAUCGGACCCCAGGAAUCGAAAUUUCUGGGCCUUCUCCAGUGGCGCACGUAUGUGUAUCGGAAUGCAUCUGGCCAACGCAGAAAUGCUCACCCUCCUAGCGGCCUUGUAUCGGAAGUACAAGACUUCUGCAGAAGACCCCGACACGUCGCCUGGUAUCACCAGCCGGUUUGAAAUUUUCUGCGACGAGACGAUGCCCAAGAUGGUGGAACAUGAGUGUCUGAUUGACUUUGUGGGGCUGGAGACCAAGUGA